ACACUAGAUCUGUGGUUAACAAUAAAAAAUAUAGUUAUUCAAAAUUUAAAACCAGGGGAUAUUGACCCUGAGCAUAGGUAGUUAUGUACUGCAAAGUGCAAAUGCAAAACGAAAUCAAAUUUCGAUCAGCAACAUUCUUUAACUUCGCCUACUGGUUAGCUUUAAGGGAGCGUGGCAUAAUUAAAAAUGAAAAACGCAUUUAAAUUUCUCUUUGUGUUUCUAUGUAUCAUUAUCACCGAAACUGCUAUAACUAAUAAAUCAAAAAAUGUUUUAAUACUCCUAGCGGAUGAUGGAGGAUUUGAACUUGGAGCAUAUGGAAACAAAAUCUGCCAAACACCAAACAUAGAUGCUCUUGCACGCCAAAGUGUCCUAUUCACCAAUGCCUUCACAUCUGUGAGCAGCUGCUCUCCUAGUCGUGCAGCACUACUAACGGGUCAGCCCAGCCACCAGAAUGGCAUGUACGGGUUGCAUCAUGGAGUGCAUCACUUCAACUCAUUUGAAAAUGUUACAAGUUUGCCUAAUUUGCUCCGCAAGCAUGGAAUAUUUACAGGUAUAAUUGGCAAAAAGCAUGUGGGUCCAAGCAGCGUUUACAAGUUUGAUUAUGAGCAGACAGAAGAAAACAAUCACAUCAAUCAAGUGGGGAGAAAUAUUACUCACAUAAAGAUAUUAUCAAAAGAAUUCCUUCAUCGGGCAAAUGAAAUGAACAAGCCAUUUUUUCUGUACGUGGCGUUCCACGACCCGCAUCGCUGUGGUCACAGUGAGAUCGAGUAUGGCGCGUUCUGUGAGCGCUGGGGGUCGGGCGAGGUCGGUGCCGGUCUCAUCCCUGACUGGAAGCCCUGGUACUACCAGUGGGACGAAGUGGCUCUGCCUUAUCACGUACAGGACACAGAAGCGGCCAGAAGAGAUAUUGCAGCGCAAUACACUACCAUGUCGAGGCUCGAUCAAGGCGUCGCCUUGGUGCUCAAGGAGUUGGAGGCUUCGGGCCACAAGGAGGACACUCUGGUGCUAUACUCGUCCGACAACGGCAUUCCGUUCCCCUCCGGCCGCACAAAUCUGUACGACUCGGGCUUACGGGAACCACUGCUCAUCUCUUCACCGGAUCCGAGCGCCAGAAGGAACGAGGUCUCUCACGCGAUGGUCAGCUCGUUGGACGUCUUUCCCACCGUGCUGGACUGGUUCGGCAUCCCGGCCGAGGGGCCGUCUAGCAACGACAUCUGGUCAAACGACGCACCGAAGUCUCUGCUGCCGAUUUUGGAAAAGGAGCCCGCCAGGCGCGACGACGAGGCGGCCUUCGCUUCCCAGACGCACCACGAGAUCACCAUGUACUACCCGAUGCGGGCCGUGCGCACGCGCUCGCACAAGUUGAUACACAACCUCAACUUCGCGAUGCCGUUUCCCAUCGACCAGGACCUGUACGCGUCGGCCACCUUCCAAGAUAUCUUGAACCGCACCCGGGCCCGUCAGCCGCUUCCUUGGUACAAGACGCUAAAGCGCCACUACUACCGGCCGCAGUGGGAGUUCUACGACGUGCGCGCCGACCCCGCCGAGCUGCGAGACCUGCACGGCAAGCCGACGCUGGCCGCCCUCGAAGCCUCGCUGCGGGAGCGUCUUCGCGCCUGGCAGAGUCGAACGGGCGACCCUUGGCUGUGCGCGCCCGACGCCGUGCUCGUGCGCAUGCCCGACUCCCCCGACGACGUCUGCUCCGCCCUCGACAACGGGCUCGCCGCCUACUUGCACUGACCCAGACUUGAUAAAAAUUAUCGUUUAAUAAUAUUCAUUCGAUUCACUUAUAACACAACAACUUUGUUCAACCGAAUAGCCCUCAAAGGUCUACACAACAACUGCAAGUCCUCGUCAGGGCAAGAUUUUGUUGUUUCUUUUUUUACUUGCCACCUUUUUCGUUUAAAUAAAAAAAACUGUAUAGGUUUGAUAAUGGUUUAUUAUAUUUACACAAAUGCACUUAAAAAAUAAAGAAAUUUAUAUAAGUACAUUCUUACGUAUCACCCGAGUCAAAACAAAUAAAAUAAAUAAACACAGCUGCAGUUAGAACUAAGUAGUGGUCCCAAGUUGCCACCGAUAUAAAUUAAUCAAAAAUAAAUAUUCAGUCUUUGUAUACAUAAUUAGUGUUUUAAAAAUAAACUAUUAAAGAUAAAGUUUGCUGCACCGUUAUGGUGAAUCAUUCUAGUUAGUGAAAUCCAUUUUUUUAGCAUGAUACAAACAGACAGACAGAUGGACGCGGCGGAGGGCUCCAUUUAAAUAAAAGUAAAGACAUUACCAAGCUCUAUCAUUCAAGGUCGCAUUUCGAACAAACAACUUACUUUGCACCACGAAACUCUUAAAUUCGAUAUUAUUAUAUCUCAAUAACUUCAUAUCUAAUAAUAAGUUAUUUUCAGCCCAAACUAGGACAAUACAGAGGCGAAGACCCAAUGUUCUGCCUUGCAAUACCAAAAAAGUAAUCGUUAUAAUUACUGGAUUUUCAAAUGCACAAAUGUUGCAUUUUUUUUCUGCGCCCAGAGAUACACUACUGAUAUUUCUGCCACUCACUAUUAAUCUUGUUUAUCCAACGACAUUUUGUCAUGAUACGCUUCAAAGUUUAUUUGAUCUGAAAAAUAGCACAAGAUCUCGCGAGAUCAAGAUUGCUUUUCCUACUCUCUCCUCUACCUCAUUCAACAAGAAUGUCAACCUGCAAUAACAUUAAUCAAUAUUUGAAGACAUGUUGUUUUUCUAAGAUUAUCAUUACCAAGAAGACAUAUCUAAAAAAUUAGAGUAGCCUUCCUCUGGUAAGGGCAGAUUGUUGAGAUGAUAGUUGAUAGUUGAGAGCUCUCUGCAUUUCCCUUCCACUACACUACAUUCGCAUCUAUCUUAUAGAGAGCUGCAAUUAUUGGCCUCAUCCUAUUUAUCUGCAAACAUAAUGAUUCUAAUAAGAUAAAUAACAUUUAUUAUAAGAGGUGCUGUCAACAGACUGUUUAAAUGUAGUUUUAAGUGAAGCAUUUAAUUUAUAUUUCUUUUUUUGAUGUUCAUAACUGUACAUUGUGUUACCUUUAUUAAUAAAUAAUUUUUGACUUUGUUGUGAAUUUGGGCCAGAUGUGAUCAUUAAAGCUCUGCUGAGGAAGAGAAGCAGUCUUGCUCUUUUUUAAAAGAAAAAUUUGAUGCCUAUUUACUUAAAUUGUUAAUAAGCAAUAUGAAUACAUAAACAAUAGUAUUGAAUAAUAAAAUAAAGUUGUACAAUCACUUUCUUGCAAUGGUGUGACUAAUCUUUACACUUCAUUUUAAUUCAGUGUAAAGAACUAUGUAUUCACUCCAUGUCUACUAUGGCUUUAUGUGUUUUUAAAGGUUUUAUCAUUUUAUGAGCAUUUGACUUUAUUAUCUCAUAAAAAAAUAGGAAAAAUAAAUUCUUUUUACCAUGUGCUGAACAUCCCUCAUCUUCUUUAUUUCAUAUAUAAGACUUUUCAUAAGGAAACCAAUGUAAACAAUAAUAAGUAUUAUUAAAAGACCCAGUUUUAAUUUGUCUAGCCAACCAAAUUUUGCAUUACCCUGUAAUUAAAACAAAUAUUAAUAAAAACACAGUUCUAAAAAAGUAAGGAAGUUGAUAGAUGUCA